UUGAAGUGUCCUAGUAAUUGACAGGACUGUGUUUAUCAGUUAAUUUUUGCCUCGAUUUGAUUUUACUGACAAAAAGACUCUGACUGAGAAUAACUGACCCUCUGUAAAACGCAAUGUCGGCUGACCUGGACCUGUCGCCUCCGGAGGUACCAGAGCCCACUUUCUUCGAGAGUCUUCUGCGAUACGGGCUCUUUCUUGGUGCCAUUUUCCAACUUGUCUGUAUCUUGGCCGUUAUCAUACCGACCUCCAAAAGCCAUGAGCAGGAUGAAGCUUCGGAACAAGCUGAAACACGAGAACCGAGCAAAAAGGUGAAAGGAGCGAUGCCUCAAGUACGCCAGAAACCGAAGAAAGAGAGCAAGAAAAAAAGAUAAACACUUUGACUCAUUUUGUGUGUGUAUGUAGGUGUGUGCGUGCACACGUGCAUGCAUGCAUGUGUGUGAGUCAGAAGAAAAGAAGAAAAUGGUUAUGGACCACAGAAAUAGGACUCUCCUUCCCCUCACUGUGACUUGGCAAACUAUAAUUUGCAUGAGUAUAUGAGCAGUAGUGACAGAGACCAUGCUCCUGACUCUACUGAACUUUUUAUACAUAUUUGACAUUUAUUUAUAUUAAAUUCACUUCAAAUUUAAUGCUUUUAUCAUUUCAAAUAUUCAUACACUACAUGCCUCAUAAUUUAGAUUGUUUCGUCAUUUGUCAUGUAUGCUCUACAUCAUCUUAUGUUUGAUUACAAAACUCAAAAGUCAA